GCAACGGCGUGACGUGGGGGUACUGGGAGCUGUGGGAGCAGCGGUCGCGGCUUCAGUUCUAGGCUACCCCGCCGCCCGGGCGGGAGCAGGGCGAGAGGAGCUGCAGCCCCGAGGCGCUCCUGUUCUCGGGGACCCUGAGCCCGCCCGGCGGCGGCUUCCUGCCUCUUUUCCUCCAGAGUGAGGAGGGCGCAGCGGGGGUCAGAGCCCAGAGGGCAAGGGAGGUUCGGUCCCGCGCAUGGCCUCGGCGGGUGCGCGGCGGCUCCCAGCCGGGACGCGCGCAGCGGCCCAGCGUUGCUGCGGCUUCACGCUCCCCCUGGGCACGCGCCCGGCUCCUCCCCCGGGCCCUCCGCGACCGCCGCGACCAAUGAGAUUUCUGAUGUCUUGCAGCCUUUUCUUGCCCCGGGCUGCCCAGGUCUUGGGGGCCGAGGUUGGCUUACCUCCUACGCGCUCCUUCAUGGGCUUUGCUGCCCCCUUCACCAACAAGCGAAAAGCUUACUCUGAGCGUAGGAUCAUGGGGUACUCAAUGCAGGAGAUGUUUGAAGUGGUGUCCAAUGUCCAGGAGUAUCGUGAGUUUGUGCCCUGGUGUAAGAAGUCCUUGGUGGUAUCUAGCCGUAAAGGUCACCUGAAGGCCCAGUUAGAGGUUGGCUUUCCACCUAUUGUGGAACGUUAUACCUCUGCUGUUUCCAUGGUCAAACCUCACAUGGUCAAGGCUGUUUGCACUGAUGCCAAGCUCUUCAACCACUUAGAGACCAUUUGGCGAUUCAGCCCUGGUAUUCCUGCCUACCCCCGAACUUGCACUGUGGACUUUUCGAUUUCCUUUGAAUUUCGUUCUCUGCUGCACUCCCAGCUGGCUACCAUGUUUUUUGAUGAGGUUGUCAAGCAGAAUGUUGCUGCCUUUGAGCGUCGGGCAGCUACCAAGUUUGGUCCAGAAACAGCCAUCCCCCGUGAACUGAUGUUCCAUGAGGUGCACCAGACUUGAGGCAGGAUUGUUCCCUGGCCUCUCCUCUAGUUUCCCUCCCAACCAAUUCUCUUAUUUAUUUCAUUUGGCUCCUGCUCCAAUAUAAGGGAAGAAGAGUCUGUGUUCAUACUGAUGUUCUCUCUCUCACUUCCCCAGAAAUUGGGUUAUAAGCUGGCUGGAAAUGCUGGGGCAGAAAGGCAGGAGGUUAUGGAAAGGAGACAUGCCAAGGAAAUGGUCAGGCUCACCUUGAGAGCCCCAUAUGCCUGAUGUCUGCAACCUACCUACAAUGAAUUAUAAUCAGGACAGUUGGUUGUCUCUGGACCCUGUCAAGGUGUUUUAGUAUAUGACCAGGGGAAGAUAGCAACUUUCUAGGGAAUGAAUAAACUGAGCUUUUUCCUCUGACAGAGGUAUUGAGUGGUUGAUAACUGCUGCCUGCCCAAGACGCCUCAGGAAAUGCCUGAGAUCUGGCCCCAGCUUGAAAUCCAUAUGACCUCACUUUAAGAAUAUUUCCAUGCUGCCUGGUUAGUGGAGAGUGAGGGGCUUUCUUAACAUCAGUGCCCAGGGGCAAGGAGAAAAAAAGCACUGAAGAGAAUUGUACUCUUGGAUCGUAUCUUUUUCUUCUACUUGGCUGAGUUUUUAUAAAAUUUCAAUAAAUUAAAUGUGACAGUAUGAAUUUAGCUUUUUUAUACUGUCUUGGGGGAAUGAUGUGGAUAUACCAGAGUAGAAGAAAGUCAUGGGUUCCUUCCUCAGGGGAAUAAAGGUGCAAGAAGGCCUCUUGGACAUAGUGUCCCUGCUAACUAUAGUAGCACAUUCUACAAGCCAGGACCUAGUACCCACUCCCUUGGCUAUUUAUAGACUUUUUCAGAAGGUCAGUUGUAGCAGGAGGCUCAGGACAGAAUAAUCUGGCAUCAGAUCUACCAUAUAGCUGAUGGUCUUAGGACCACCUCUUACUUUGAGGACUUCCUUAAGAGACUGCAAAGAGGAGGCAUUCCACACAGUACCAGAGCCCUCUAGUGGCUCAGAUCCAGAGUUAGCAGUCCUCCUCUGCCCUUGGUAUGGUUUUGUUCUUUUCACCCAGUGGGCUGCACCAGUUUCCUUGGAUUAGUCACAUAUGCAGUUGUGAGGUCUCAGCUUCGGUCCUCGAGUGUUCUAUCUUACAACAAAAUUAGGAAGGAUGGGGGGCUAAAGGUCAAGGACAUUUAACCCUGAGGAAAAACAGAACUCUUCUUUGGAAAUUUCACAGGGACCCUGCCUUAUUAGGGUAAAUGAAUGUCAAAUCCACAUAAAGAUAAAGGAUGUAUAGGAUAACUUAGAACCCACUUAGUCUAGGAUCUUGCUAGUCAGAUUCCUUACUUUAUAACAGAGAUUCUUACAGGCCUUAUUUAAUAGCAGGCUCAAGCAUUGUUAAUAAAAACAUUUAUUUUGCAUUUUAUACAGAACAACCUGAAGUCUGGAUCAUGACUUGACAGUUACCCAGGGGUAUACAGACAAUGUGUCCAUCUCAGCGUGGUUCUAGGGAUUAGGGAUCCACACAAACACAGGCAGGAGUUGCAAGAGAGGAAGGGGGCACAGUAGGAGUGUAUUUCAAUCCUUUCUUAAAGAAAAGGCAGUAGAGCAUUCUGAGUCACUGAAAACCUGUGCAAAUGGGGCUUCUAAAAAACAAACACUGUACUGUGAGCUCUUGGGGAAGGGACUGGAUAAGGAACUUGAUAAAUAAAGGGAUAUUUCCUGGUAGCAGAGAAAGAGAAGGGAAGCCUAUUAUUAAUGUUCUCAGCCCCAGGACCUGAUAUUCAAAGGAAACCACCACCAAUCUUAAAUUUCCCUGCUCAGAAAGUACCCAUAUCCCUGGAACCAGACUAUGAAGAUACCAUGCUAGUCAUUCCCAAGUCCUUACUCAAUGGCCCACAGCAUAUUAAAAUAAAGGGGGAAAAAAGUCAGAAGAUAGUGGCUUGUGUUCCAUGGAAGUGAAAACUCAGUUCAUGAUAAGCACUGAUAAAGCCAAAUGACUGGGAAGGACCACAGCUCAGACAGUGGCAUAUACAACCUGCUGAAAGAGGUCUCUAGUGAGGACCAAGAAGGGAAGGUCCGGAGCACCUUCAGCUUGAGGUGCAGCAGGUACAGAAAAUCUGAAAGGAGGGUCGUAUUAAAGUAGUGGGGAAAGAACACUCUAGAUCUUAAUUUUCAUGUGAUAAUUAAAAAAAUCAAAUACUGGGUGCCCGUCACAAUGAAUCCCAUCGCCUUUAUGGUCACCUGGUAGCAUAAAAGUGCCAAAGAUGUUCGACUAACCACAGGUCUUGCUAGAAGUGUCUGUGUGCAUGGGAGAGAGCAAUGGGGUUUGAUAGAGCUGACAAUCCAACAUGAUUCCUAUGGAAACAGAAGAGGCCAGAGUCCUGAUUUGCUGGCCUCUGGAGGGCUGGAGACAGAAGAACUAAAAGCUCUGAAGUGGUUGCAGAGAAUCUGCAGCUUCAACCCAGGCAAAGGAGAGUGAGAUUCUCACUCUAGAUUUGGUGGGGGGCCCAAACCUAACCCAUACCACAUGCACUAGUCCUGGUCACCCUACAGUUGAUGGGCAACUCACCAGGCAGGAGAAAGGAACUGGCUGGGGAAGAAGGGGUUACUUUUUAUCUUUUAAAGUCUUAAUUUAUAUUUUAACCUCAAACUUAUUAUCAGUGCCUCAGAUACAAUUUAAUCUUAAGUCUUAAAAAG